GGCUGAAAGGCUGUAUUGAAUGGUUGUUUGCGAUUGUAUUGUAUUAGCAUUUAAUAGCCAUUGAAUGCAUUGAAAGCAUUAUAGCAUUGAAUUGCGUCUAUUUGUCAAUACUUUUAAUUAUCAUUACAUUUGUCCCGCAAUUGUCGCCCAAACCAACGGUUGAAUCAAUUGUUGACCACUUUUGCCAUUGAAUGCGGAGUUGAGUGCAAUUGAAAGCAUUGAUUGGCGUUUGAAUGCGAUUUGCAUUGAAUUUAAUGUUAAAUGUAUUGAACAAUAGAAGGAAGCGAUGAAUCGCUCAUUAGUUUUGUCUAAUUGUAAACUAAUUAUCGGUUUAUUUGUAUUGAAUUGACUCUUGAAUUGUUUGAUUGACUGAUUCGGUGGUGAUUUGGUUGAAGUGAUUGAAAGUGUGGACAAUAAGUGAUUGAAAGGAUCGUUUCGAUGGCGUGUCUCAACUCAUUGAAGGCAGACAUCAAACGUCUGGAGAAGACAUUCCCCAAAACGCACGACAGGUUUCAAGUGAUGUCUGCGACCGUCGAUGAGAUCUCCUGUCGUUUCAUCUCUAAUAACGGAAAGAAAUACGAAAUUCACGCAAAUAUUACUGAAACAUAUCCAUCGGUACCUCCCGUUUGGUUCUCGGAGUCGGAAGAGCCGGUCGUCACAAAUGUGGUCCAAUCGUUGAGCAAUACUAAUGGCGCAGACAAUCACUUAUUAAGACAAAUACGGAUUUUAGUGGAAGAGAUGUGUCGUAUAAAUAACAUGCCAUUAAUACAAGACAUCGAAAAGUUGGACCAAAUUCGGUAUUGCGAUGGUUUGAACGGCCAGUCAUUCAUCUGCAAUGAGCUCAUAGACGACAAACACAUGUACCCAUCGUUUAAUCACAAUUCAGUGGAGCCGAUGAUCAGUGACGAUGAGGAGGACGACGACGAAGAGAUGGCCGACGAAGACCUGCACAUUGAGAUGGAAGACGAGAAUCAAAACCAGGAGAAGAACAAAGACGAAGGCCUGUCGACAGAACACACGGCAACACUGGAACGGUUGCGACAGAACCAAAGGGACGGCUACCUCAAGGGCUCGGUCUCGGGCUCAGUACAGGCCACCGAUCGGCUCAUGAAAGAGUUGAAAGAAGUCUAUCGAUCGGAAAGUUUCAAAAGAGGCGUUUUUACCGUCGAUUUAGUUAACGAUAGUCUCUACGAGUGGAACGUCAAGCUUCUGGUCGUGGAUCCCGACUCUCAACUGCACAAUGACUUACAAGUCCUCAAAGAGAAAGAGGGAAAGGACUUCAUUCUCCUCAAUGUCCUCUUCAAAGAAGCCUUUCCUUUCGAACCGCCAUUCGUUCGUGUCGUUCAUCCCUCCAUCACUGGGGGCUAUGUGUUGGGCGGCGGAGCCAUAUGUAUGGAACUGCUCACCAAACAGGGCUGGAGCAGCGCCUAUACGAUCGAAGCGAUUAUAUUACAAAUAUCGGCCACUCUUGUCAAAGGCAAAGCACGCAUUCAGUUCGGGGGCAAUAAAGGUCAGUACAGCUUAGCACGAGCUCAACAGUCCUUUAAAUCACUCGUUCAAAUCCAUGAAAAGAAUGGUUGGUUUACACCUCCCAAAGAAGAUGGUUAACUCAUCAUUUGGUCUUAAGAUUAUUUUUCUUGUAUAAUAGCAAUGUAUAUAACAAUUACUUAUUAAACAUAAAACAAACAACAAAACUGUGUUUCGAUAUAGCAUUAGAUGAAUGACCGAACGCCUCAUAUAUAUAAAUAUAUACCGAUCUAAUCGUCAAAACAAAUACCGUAUUGUAAAACAAGACAAAAAACAUAAGCAUAUAAAUUAUAAUAACAUACGAACAGAUUAUAUAAGAUAUAAAAUACAUGAUUUCAAUUGUAAUCGAGAAAUCAUUAUAUUUUGUUUCGUUUCCAAAUAUAUCUUUCUAUUUUCAGCAAAUUAUAUCUGAAACUUUAUAAUCACAACAAAUAUAACUCUUUCAUUAUAUAUACAUAUAUUUCCUCCAAAAAAAAACUUAUUUCCAAUUAUUUUUGAUUAUAAUGUAAUUAAUUAUCCAAUAUUUCAAACUCUAAUAGCAUUCCCAACAAAAUUUCAACUAUAAUUCAAAUUUUAUUUGGAAAUCUAUUUUCAAAACGAAGUAUAAAAUGAAGUUUGUUUUGUGUUUUCUGUGCCAC